AUGUUGUUAAAAAACUUUUCAGUGAUUGCUUUUAUAGUUUUUUUGGUACAAGCUGCUGUAGUUCCACAGAUUGAUCCAAGAGAUGAUUCAGCAGAUAUGUUGAGUACACUUACAUCCAGUACUAGUAUUCUUAGCAACUUUUUCAGUAUUUUGAAUUCGGGUAAGAGUCUUGGACUUUUUGACUUUAGUAGCCUUUCAAGUUCCUCAGGUAUUGAUUUUUCAAACCUUGGUUCAGCUAGCUCGUUGGGUUCUCUUUUGGGAAUGGGACUUUUUAAAGAGAAGCGUGAAAUUAUUAGUGGUCCUGAUGCUAAAACUGUUAGAAAUAAUGAUGAUUUACCUUUGGAUAGUUUUCUUGCUGUGAAAUUCUUGGAAGGACUCGGUUUUACCUUUGGUGAGCCUCAUGCUGAUGGGUCAGGAAGAGAUUCUAGACCACCUUUGAGACGCUAUGGAGCCAAGCGAGAUAGUAGAGCAGUACUGUAUUGCCCCGAAUCUAGUCCAUGUUGUUCUCAGUUUGGUAUAUGUGGAACUGGUGCUUACUGUUUAGGAGGUUGUGAUAUUAGACACUCGUAUAAUUUAUCCUCAUGCAUGCCUAUGCCCCGAAUGGAUGAUUAUUCCAUUACCUUUAACUCCAAAGAAGAAGUUGAGCAGAUUGAGGCACAAACUAAGUAUUUGGGUAACUCCACAGAAGCAGAUUGGGUUUAUACCGGAUGGGUCGACUAUCAUGAUGACUCCUUAUUGAUCCAAAUGCCUAAUCACACUACAGGUACAGUUGUUUCGUCAACAAAGUAUCUUUGGUAUGGAAAAGUUAGUGCCAAAUUCAAAACAUCUCGUUCUCGUGGUGUUAUUUCUGCUUUUAUAUUGUUUUCAGAUGUUCAAGAUGAGAUUGAUUAUGAGUAUGUUGGUUAUGAUUUGAGUACUCCACAAUCAAAUUUUUACGCACAGGGUAUUCUAAAUUAUACCAAUUCGAGAAACUCGACUGUGAAUGAUACUUUUGAAUACUACCAUUUGUACGAAAUAGACUGGCAUGAGGACCACGUUGAUUGGAUUGUUGAUAAUGAGAAAGUGAGAACUUUGAACAGGGCUGACACUUGGAAUGAUACAACCAAGAGAUACGACUUUCCUCAAACGCCAUCAAGAAUCCAAUUCUCUUUAUGGCCAGGUGGAGAUCCAUCAAAUGGGUUGGGUACUAUUGAGUGGGCUGGAGGUGAAAUUGACUGGAAUUCGCCAGAUAUUCAAGAUUAUGGCUAUUUUUAUGCCCGUUUGGCAGAAAUCAAAGUGGAGUGCUAUGAUUUACCAGGUGGAGUCAAACUUGAUGGUAACUCCACCAAUCAAGCCGAUUAUCCUGCCUUUUUGUAUAACAACACCGAUGGUUACGAGUCUCAUGUCAUGUUAACAAAUAAAAAGACCUGGUUAGGUAAUUACGAUGCUACUGGGUUCAACCCAGAUAAUGAAAAUGAAAAUAGUAGUCAGAGCAAGAAUAAUGUUACAACCACGAUUAUCAGCACCAGUGGGUCUAGUACAAUAACCAGUGUUCGUACAACUACAGCAGACCAAUCGGUAGACAUUCCAGCUCAAAACACUGCUGCCGCUAAUCAAGCAACUGCAGCACCUCAAGCCUCAGAUAAUGAUUACGAUCCAAAUGCAGGUACUGGUGGCUUUAUUCAAGAUUCUAGAGAGUCUCUGACCGUUGCUGGAUCCUCUACUGGAGGUGCAGCUGCAAUAACGUUGGAAGCUAGUAAAAAAGUUGGAUUAACGAGCAUAUUCCUUGCAAUUUGUUUGGGGUUUUUGUCAUACCAUCUAUAG